GCAAUGAGUUCCUUAAAUGCAAGUGUUUACCAGAAUAUCUCUAUUGUUCGUCCUGAAUAUUUUUUCAUCAUUGGACUUUCAGGUAUACCUUACAGCAGUAAUUACUAUAUAUUCUUAUUUAUUACAUAUUUUAUUACUAUAAUUGGGAACUCUGUAGUGCUUCUCAUUAUUGCUCUUGAAAGAAGUCUGCACAGUCCAAAGUACAUUGGUGUGUUUAACUUGGCCUUGGCUGAUAUUGGUGAAACUAAUGCACUGAUUCCUAACAUGAUGAAGACUUUUCUGUUUGGCUCGCAAUACAUUUCUUACAAUGCUUGUUUAGUGAAUAUGUUUUUUGUGUUUCUUUUCAGUUCUAUACAAAGUGUCACUCUUGUUGUUCUGGCAUAUGAUCGUUUCAUUGCUAUUUGUUUGCCGCUAAGAUAUCAUGCAAUAGUGAACAAUACAAGUAUGGUUUUAGUUUUCUCAGCAGUUUGGGCAUUUAAUUCUUCUGUUGUGGCUUUGAUGGUAUCUUUGAUCACCCGACUUUCUUUCUGUGACUCUAAUAUGAUACAGAGUUAUUUUUGUGACCAUGGACCAGUGUAUAGGUUGGCAUGUAAUGAUAAUACCAUUAAUAAGUUUAUGGCAUUUCUCAUCACAGGUUUAUACCUUGUAGCACCAUUGGUAAUAAUAGUCCUGUCGUAUUUAGGCAUUUUUUUUGCUUUAAGCAAAAUUACAACUUGGCAAGGACGUUUAAAAGCUCUGAAGACAUGUGUUUCUCAUCUGUUGUUAGUUGGGAUAUAUUUCCUUCCCUUAUUCUGUACAUACUUUGCGCAGCUUUUACUUUCUCUUGCCCCAAAUGCAAGGGUCAUCAGCACAUCUCUGGCAUAUGCUAUUCCACCGAUGCUAAAUCCUAUCAUUUAUGUUUUAAACACAGCUGAAAUAAAAGUCAUAGUUCAAAAAAUGUUUAAUAACAGAUCUGCACCAAGUAGGGAGAACCCUCCUAAAUGA